AUGGGGUUUACCUCUCCAGUCAAAACCUUUCAACAUGGCCUACGAAGCAAAUAUCCUCCAAGAUCUCGCUUGCGCUGGCAUAUAUCGAAUUCCAGCAGCCCCAGAUGA